AUGGACGACACGGAAGCCCAAAAGAAGCGCAGAUCUCCUAACUCGGGUCCUGACUCUCCCAGGCCUUACGUGUGUCCGAUUUGCUCGCGCGCUUUCCAUCGUUUAGAGCACCAAACAAGGCAUAUAAGAACUCACACCGGAGAAAAACCCCACGUAUGCGAUUUCGCGGGAUGUACAAAAAGGUUCAGCAGAAGUGAUGAGUUGACACGGCACAAGAGAAUUCACACAAACCCGCAUCCCAAGGGCAAGCGGGGGCGAAAGAAGAAGUCAGAUAUCGCGAAUAACAACGAAACACCGGAGGGUGAAAGUGGAAUCUUCAAGACCGCCACUGGACGAGAGCGGAAACUCAAGAAAACCCCCACCUUCCAGUUGGGUGGCGGUGAAGACGAUGAACCAUCAGAUGUGAAUAAUGCUGCGAGCUCUUCCGAGGAACAGACCAUGGGACUUUUGGUAAACGCAGCUCUGGGGAGGUAUAGUGGUGCGGAUGUGAACAACAACACAAGUGACAAUAUUAAUCACAGUCAACAAGCCAAUCCCGGCUCUAUCAGCAGCGGUACUCUCGGUUCAUUAUACACAGUGCGUUCGCUGCCGUCCCUGAAAUCCUGGGACCACAGCACAGCUAGAAACGCCCAUUCGGUUCCUCCACCGCAACAAGCACCGCAGCUUCCUAUGGUGGGCAACCCUCAAACGCAUUACGCUUCCGCGGUCAACCUGCAUCAGCACUCGAUGCCUCUGAGGCCGGUGUCAUCCCGUCUGAAGCUCAACGUACUCUCUUCUUUGCAAAGAAUGACACCGCUGGCGCCGAUAUCCGCGCCGAAUUCCGCACCUAUACGACCGGCGAGCGCAUCCAACAGUGGAUUCACUACGCCCGACGCUUAUAACACCUUCGGUCCACCGCCCAAAGGAUCUCUGGGCUCAUAUCAAACCAACGCUGCUUCGUCCUCGUUGACGAGCAUCUCCAACCUGAUCCACGCAGACGACGGAGACGACGAGCUGGACGACGACGAACUGGGGCGGGCUCGCAAGAAGUCUCGCACCACUACACCUACCAUCAGUCGCAGCCACAGCCGCGCCAGCCUCGGCAUCAGAACCGCCGGUUCUUUCACCAAUUUGGCAGCACUCCAGCCGCUAUCCCAACCCCCAGGAGUGGCUGGAAUUCUGUCGUCCAAGUCCUCGUCCGCUGCGGAUUUCACCAGCGAGUUAAGCCUCCGCUUACAAAACGUACAAAGUUCGCAGUCGGGCCAAUUUCUCGAUCGCUAUGCGUCAACGCCGUCUGUUGUGCACUCCAACGCAGCUUCCACAAAAUAUACGCCCUUGGGCACCCCGCCGCCCGUGUCGAGCCCGUCCAACGCCAAGAUCAACCUGGACUUGAAGAACGCCGCUGAGGCACCUCGCUCCGACGGCGACGAGCCCGACUCUGUCCUCCCUCCGCUCAGGAGUCUGGACUUGCGAUUCCCAACGGGAUAG